AGAAGUGAUUUAGCCCACAAAGACACGAUUGAAGGUGAUUUGAAAUCUCACAUAGAUCAAUUGAAAAGUGAAUUAUCUGCUUUACAGAACCAGCAAAUCAACUUGCCUCAAUUGAAUGUUGCUAAGAAUAGAAGUAUUAAUACUAAACGCCACUCAAGUGUUGUUACUUCUAAUUCUAACUAUGAUGGUUCUACGAAUAGGCCGGUUUCUGUUAUUGCUGUUUCUAAUGAUGAUGAGACCAACAUUGAUGACAUUAAUGAUGAGUUGUUCAGAUUAUUAAGAAACUCGAGACAAUUACACCGUGAAGUUGUUGAAGGAUUGUUAAAGAAUUUGAAGAUACCUCAAGCCGGAGUUGCUUCUGAUUACACCAGAAAGGAAAUUUUGUUCCCAGCUAGAAUCAUCAUCAUUAUUUUGAGUGAUAUGUGGAGAUUAGGUUUAACCAAAGAGAGCGAAGAGUUCUUAGGUGAAGUGUUAGCUACAAUUCAAGUAAUUGUUUCAAAUUUAAAAGGCGAUGAUGUCAUACCCAAUGGUGCAUUCUGGUUAUCCAACACACAUGAAUUGUAUUCUUUCGUUUCAUACGCCCAACAGACUAUUCUUUCUAACGACACUUUGAGUUUUGAAAUGAGUGAAGAAGAAUUUGAAGAAUACUUGAAACUUAUUGCUGUUGUCAAGGAAGAUUUUGAAUCCUUAUCAUACAACAUCUACAACAUGUGGAUGAAGAAGAUGGAGAAAGAUUUGGAGAAAAAGGCUGUUUCUGCUGUCGUUUUAUCGCAGUCUUUACCUGGAUACAUGGCACCAGAAAAUUCACCAUUUUUGUCGAAGGUCUUUUCCCCAGCAAAUCAAUACAAGAUGGAUGAUAUUUUGAGCUUCUUCAAUAAUGUAUACUGGUCAAUGAAAUCAUAUUUCAUUGAACAGGAGGUGAUGCAUGAAGUUUUGGUCGAGUUACUCAGGUUUAUCGAUGCAUUAUGUUUCAAUGAUUUGAUAAUGAGGAGAAACUUUUUGUCUUGGAAGAGAGGCUUGCAGUUGAACUAUAACGUGACAAGAUUAGAAGAAUGGUGCAAGGGUCAUGAAAUACAGGAAGCUAGCGUCUACCUAUGCCAUUUGUUCCAAGCUGCUAAACUCCUCCAGAUCAAGAAGAAUACACCCGAAGAUAUCGAAAUCAUUUAUGAAAUUUGUUAUGCUUUGAGACCAAACCAGAUUCAAAAGUUGAUAAGCCAAUAUUACGUUGCUGACUAUGAAACCCCAAUAUCACCAGAUGUACUUCAAGCUGUUGCUGAUAGAGUGAAGUCUUCAGGGGAUGCUGGUACUCAAGAAUUAUUCGAAUUAGUGUCUACUGAUGGAUAUUUCAACGAUCCUUUUAGAACCGUGAGUUUGAGACCAUUCUCUAGAGUGGAAGCUUACGUUCCAGCAUGGUUGACUUUACCGGUAAUUAGAAGAAUUGUUGAAUUGGUAGCCAAGAAUGCUACCGCUCAAGAAGCAUUGGGUGAUAAGGAGAGAAGUAGUGAACCUAGUAUAUCCAUUUAACUGAUUAGAGUGUUUUGUUUAAUAUAUGUUAAUAAUAAUUGCUU